GGACAGAGACCCAGAGCCUGGGCAGCGAGAAGGCACCUGGCCGAGCCAGCAGAGCACAACCAGCCCCAAACAACAACAAGAGGAACCACAGACCCUUAGACCACACCUGCCGCAGACCCCACACCCCCAUCAGCCAAACAGGACCCUCAGAAGGAUGGCUGACACCCAGACGCAGGUGGCCCCAAAACCAACCAUCCCAGUGGCAACUGCAGAGGACCUGCCCUUCCCUCCCCCACCUGCCCCUGAGGAUCUGCCGCUGCCACCACCCAAGGAGUCCUUCUCCAAGUUCCACCAGCAGCGACAAGCCAGUGAGCUCCGCCGCCUCUACAAGCACAUCCACCCCGAGCUCCGCAAGAAUCUGGCUGAGGCCGUGGCUGAAGACCUGGCUGAGGUCCUGGGUUCCGAGGAGCCCACCGAAGGUGAUGUCCAGUGCAUGCGCUGGAUCUUUGAGAACUGGCGGCUGGAUGCCAUUGGGGACCAUGACAGGCCACCUGCCAAGGAGCCGGUGCCUGGUGGCAACGUUCAGGCCACCUCCCGAAAAUUUGAAGAAGGAUCCUUUGCCAACAGCAUAGACCAGGAGCCAGCUAGACCUCAGCCAUCCCGAGGGGAUGUCCGUGCAGCCCGCUGGCUGUUUGAGACAAAGCCGCUGGAUGAGCUGACAGGCCAGACGGAGGCACCGGAGGCUCCAGUGAAGGAGCCUGAAGCCAGUGGCGAUGUCCAGGGUACUAGGAUGCUCUUUGAGACACGGCCACUGGACCGCCUAGGCUCUCGUCCCUCCAUCCAGGAACAGAGCCCCUUGGAGCUACGCUCAGAGAUCCAGGAGCUGAAGGGUGAUGUGAAGAAGACGGUGAAGCUGUUCCAAACAGAGCCACUGUGUGCCAUCCAGGACGCAGAGGGCGCCAUCCAUGAGGUCAAGGCCGCCUGCCGGGAGGAGAUCCAGAGCAAUGCAGUGAGGACUGCCCGUUGGCUCUUCGAGACCCAACCUCUGGACGCCAUCAACCGGGACCCCAGCCAGGUGCGGGUGAUUCGGGGGAUCUCCCUGGAGGAGGCAGCCCGGCCUGAUGUUAGCGCAACUCGCUGGAUCUUUGAGACACAGCCCCUGGAUGCCAUCCGGGAGAUCUUGGUGGACGAGAAGGACUUCCAGCCAUCCCCAGAUCUUAUCCCUCCUGGCCCAGAUGUUCAGCAGCAGCGGCACCUGUUUGAGACCCGACCACUAGACACUCUCAAGGGGGAAGAGGAGGCUGAAGCAGAGGUCCCACCCAAAGAGGAAGUGGUCCCUGGUGAUGUCCGCUCCACCCUGUGGCUAUUUGAGACAAAGCCCCUGGACACACCUAGAGACAAGGUCCAAGUGGGCCACCUGCAGCGAGUGGGUCCCCAGGAGAGUAAGGGGUUCACACGUGAGCAUCUAUCCAGCGAUGGCUCCUCAGCGCUGCCCCUCUCUCAGUGUGCGCCCCAGGGGGAUGUGGUGAAGGGGGAUGUAAAGACCUUCAAGAAUCUUUUCGAGACCCUUCCCCUGGAUAGCAUCAGGCAGGGUGAAGCUUUGGCCCAUGGGAAUGUAAGCAGAGCAGAAGGAACUGAUUCUGCUGAGCAGUCCCAAGACAUAGGGUCCCCAGUGUACGCCCUGCAGGAUGGCAAAGGCCACCUUCAUGCCCUGACAUCCGUCAGCAGAGAGCAGGUCGUGGGAGGUGAUGUGCAGGGCUACAGGUGGAUGUUUGAGACACAGCCCCUAGACCAACUAGGUCGAAACCCCAGUACCGUCGACGUGGUGCGGGGCAUCACCCGGGAGGAAGUGGUGGCUGGAGAUGUGGGCACUGCCCGGUGGCUCUUUGAGACUCAGCCCCUGGAGGUAAUCCACCAACGGGAGCAGCAGGAACGACAGGAAGAGGAAGGAAUGCCUCCGGGAGACCCUCAGCCUGAGGCACCCCUCAAGGGUGAUGUGCAGACCAUCCGCUGGUUGUUCGAGACGUGCCCAAUGAGUGAGUUGGCCGAGAAGCAGGGGUCAGAGGUCACAGAUCCCACAACUAAGGACAAGGCACGGUCCUGCACCUGGAUGUUCAUGUCCCAACCCCCAGCCAAGCCAGAAGUUUCCCAGGAGCAGCACCUUCAGGUUAGCCAGGUCCAGGCUGGGGAAAGACAGACAGACAGACACGUCUUCGAGACCGAGCCUCUGCAGGGCUCAGGCCGUCCCAGUGGAAGAGGGCUGAUACGAUACUGCAGCAGAGUGGACAUCCCUUCAGGGCAGGUGUCUCGCCAGAAGGAGGUUUUCCAGGCCCUGGAGGCAGGCAAGAAGGAAGACCAGGAGUCCAGGGUCAUCCCUGAGCCCAUUCCAGUGGGCUCUGUGCACAAGUUCACUUGGCUCUUUGAGAACUGCCCCAUGGGCUCCCUGGCAGCUGAGAGUAUCCAAGGGGGUAACUUCCAAGAGGAGCAACCUGUGGGCUCCUCGGCCGACAGAGCUCUAGAGAGACAGGAGACUGCAGCCGAGGGGACCCUGCGGACUCUGCAUGCCACACCUGGCAUCCUGCACCAUGGAGGCAUCCUCAUGGAAGCCCGAGGGCCAGGGGAGCUCUGCCUGGCCAAGUACGUGCUCCCAGGCCCGGGGCAGGGCAGUCCCCAGGUUCGGAAGGAGGAGCUGGUGUUUGGCGAGCUUCCCAGGAUCAUUCGCCAAGUGCUGCGCCGGCCAGACAUAGACCAGCAGGGGCUGCUGGUGCAGGAGGACCCAAUGGGCCAGCUUCAACUCAAGCCGCUGAAACUGCCAGCACCAGGCAGCAAUGGGAACCUUGAAGACAUGGAUGAGUUCCAGCAGUUGCUGGCUUGUGGCCUUGGGACCUCGGUGGCGAGGACUGGGCUAGUGAUGCAAGAGACAGAGCAGGGCCUGGUGGCACUGACUGCCUACUCUCUGCAGCCCCGGCUAACCAGCAGGGCCCCGGAGAGGAGCAGUGUGCAGCUGCUGGCCAGCUGCAUAGACAAAGGAGACCUGAGCAGCCUGCAUAGCCUGCGGUGGGAGCCCCCGGCUGACUCAAGUCCAGAGCCAGUCAGUGAAGGGGCCCAGAGGCUGCCCCCAACAGAGAGCAUCAUUCAUGUCCCCCCACUGGACCCCGGCAUGAGGACGGAGAAUCUGAGGAGACCGGGAGCCACCCCCUGCCCCCCACAGGCCACUGGAAAGGCAGUCCCUCUGGCUGGGGCAGAAAAGCAGGAAAGCAGGUGCACGGGACAGAAAGGGAUGGCAGCUUUGGGAAAGUCAGAAGGAGCCACCACUGUGCCCCCAGGGCCUGGGGCCUCAGACCUCCAGGCUGCUAUGCAGAGUCUGCGGGCAACAGCUGAAGCCCAGAGCCUGCACCAGCAAGUUCUGAGCAAGCACAAGCAGGGCCCUGCCCCUGGAGUUGCCUCUACACCCACUCAGAAUGGUCUUCAGCAAGCCACUGGGACUGCCCAGAGCACCAAGCUUAUGGCGGGAGGUGACCCCAGGAUCCCAGCAGCCCCUAGAAAGGUCAGUGGGGAACAGAAAGCACUACCUGGAGAGCUGCCUGGGGGGUGGGUGACUAUUCAGGAUGGCAUCUACACUGCUCACCCUGUGAGGACCUUUGACCCACCUGGGGGUGUCCGGCCUUCUGAGAGAGGACCCCUGCCAAGGGGCAGGGAGACUGCCCCCACAUCCCAGCCUCCCAGCCCAUUCUUGGAAGGCCCAGUUCAGAGUCUCAGGCCUGAGCAAGAGGAGCCUGGGGGCUACACACAGAAGGCCUGGGAGCCUCCAGAGAAGGUGAUGGCAGAACAUGGCCCAGGGGGCCUCCGAGCUCCAGAGACCACCCUGAAGGCUGCCCCUUUAGCCCACCACACACUGGCCUCUGGGCCUGGGGCUGCAGAUGCCAGCCUGCACUCCCAUAAUGCCUCUGUUCCUCCUCCUCCUCUUCUCCCAGCUGCUGUGACGAGACCUGACUUUCCAGCCCGAGCUGGCCAUGAUGAGGACUCCAGCCAGCAGGCCUCCAAGCCCCCACAGGACCCCCUUCUCUACUCCCACAGCAGCCCUGCUGGCCAGAGAAGCCCUGGGGAGUCACAGGCAAAGACCCUGAAACUGGAGCCCACUACAUGCCCAAGGAAGAAGCCCCAGCUGCCCCCCAAACCUGCACACCUAAGCCAGAUCCCUCUUCCUCACUGGCUGCCCAAGCCCUUAGCCCCGUCUCCCAGCACCUCUAAGGAGGAGGGGCAAGGAAAAUGCAAACAAGGUGAGACUGGUACAGCUGACCAUGAUACCCAGCCAGCCAAGGCCCCCACCACUGCAGGCCAGGGCUGCAUACCUCUGGCUAGAUGCCCCACUGGACAGAGCCCACCCAGCCCCCCAUAUGGCCCCAGCACCACAGCCUUCAAGCCCACCAAGAGCCAAGCUAUGAGCAGCAACAACCAGAGCCCUGAGUCCCCCAAGCUUUCAGCUCCCGGAAGUGACCCCACCUCACUGCAGCAAGGCCUCAGCUCCCCAGGAGAGAAGUACAUGGAUGGCUCCCAGCAAGCAGCCCCUAGAAGUCCUGAGAUCCUGCAGGGAAGCCAGCAAGAGCUCCAGGGCCUCCUGAGUCAAGUGCAAGCCCUGGAGAAGGAGGCCAAAAGCACUGUGGAUGUGCGGGCGCUUCGGAGACUCUUUGAGGCUGUGCCCCAGCUGAGAGGGGCCCCUCCAGCUCCCGCUGCCCUCCACAAGCCCGAGGCCUCUGUGGAGCAGGCCUUUGGGGAAUUGACGAGGGUCAGCACGGAGGUGGCCCUGCUGAAGGAACAGACCCUGGCCAGGUUGCUGGACAUUGAGAAGGCCGUGCACAAGGCCCUCAGCUCCAUGUCUAGCCUCCAGCCUGGGACUAACACCAGGGGCCAUCCCCAGGGACCCCCAAAGGACCAUAGUACCCACAAGGUCAAUGUCUCAGACAGCAGUAGAGCUAGGCCCAACUGCCCAAGCCAGGAGGUCGGGGGUCCAACUGAAGUUCGGAGCCAAACCGAUGGUACAUGCCCUACUGAGAUCUGGAGUCAAGCCAAGGUCAGAAGUCCCACUGAGGCAAGAAGUCAAGCAUCCCUGCCCACCUCUACCACCAGGAGGCUGGACACAUUGAGAGAAGAUUGGGGCCUCCCUCGAGUAUUACCUCCCAGCAGACAUUCACCCUCCUCCCCAACCUUCAUCUCUAUCGAGUCAGCCACAAGGAAACUUCCAGAGGCUCCCAGACCUCAGGGCAGCCCUGAUGUCUCAGUGAAAAGCACACACCUCAGCCAGGAUGUGGGCCAAGCUCAGCUCCACCAGAAAGAUGUCCAGGACAAGGCCAGGAAGAGGGAGGCCACCGAGUGCUCUGGACAGCCCCAGCCUGCUCCUGCCUCAGCCAGCCCCCUGCCCACUGGGCGGCAGAAGAGCAUUCUGGAGCUGCAGACUGGGCCAGGUGGCUCCCAGUGCUACAGAGCCACAAGAACUGUGAAUGAGCAGCAUGAGAGGGUGAACCAGUGUGGGAACACAGCACUCACAUUCCCCACCAUGGUCACGGAGCCCACAGAGCUAACCAAGGGCCCAGACCCCCACCUCGGGCUCCACACCUCCCCCUUGAUGAGGCAGUUCCUGCGCAGCCCAGCCGAGCUCAGCGGGGGCCUGGCAGAAGCAGGGAUGGCGCCUAUGCCCUGCAGCCACUUCCAGCCAGCAGCUCAGUGAGCCCCUCAACCUCCCACCACCACCUCCCACCCAUCCCCUGGGCUCCGGACGAGGUGGGUGCCUACCUUUUGCACACGUGAGGAAAGGACCAAGAAGAAAAGGCAUCUGCUGAGAUUGUGGGCAGUUUCUUUUUCAUCGGUUCUGUCCAUCAUCUGCAUUCUUGCAAAAGAGGGAAAAGAAAACUGCAAAGAUGCUCCCUGAGUUGCCCAAGCACAGGAACAGGACGGGGGCUUAUGGCUACCAGUGGAGGCUAUGAUAUGUACAGACAGGCGUGCCAACACCAGUGAGUCUGCAAGCCACUACGGGAGACAGUCCUUGAGUCACCCUCCACUUUCAGCCUUUUUUUCUUUUACUAUGAGUCUUCUCCUCCUUAAUUCCUGGAGAGAAGAAGGACAGCUGGACAAGGGAUUGGUCUCUGUUUCACAUUGAUCCUAGGGCCCCUUCAUCACCAUCUUCACUGCUCCAAAGCUCACACAGAAAAGGCUGGCAAUCAGCAAUGUCCCUAGAACCCAAAGCUUCCCUCCACCCCCACUACCCCUCACUCUGCCCCUCAAAAGGGAAGGACACGGUCUGAAUAAACCCAAGUUUUAUUCCCUC